AAUGGAGGUGCUUUUGCUGCAGGAUGGGGGUGAUUUGAUGAAAAGAGGGGGUUCUAGUGAUAAUGCAGGCAGCUGAAUUCUGGACCAUUUGAUGCUUAUGGAGGGAUUUGCGAUGGAGGCCGACAAGGAGAGUGGCGGUAAUCUAUACAGGAGGUAACCAGGCUGUGAACAAGAAUAGCGGUAGUAUGGUGGCUGAGGGAGGGGUGUAGGCGAUUGAUGUUGCAUAGAUGGAAGUAUGCAGACCGGGUAAUGGUAUUGAUGUGGGAAUGGAAUGACAGCACGCUAUCGAGGAUGACACACAGACUCUUAACCUGAGGGGAGGGGCAGACCAUGCCAUUGUCGAUGCUGAGGUAGAAACUGUCAACUUUGGAAAGUGUAGAUUUAGAGCCAACCAGAAGGACUUCUGUUUUUUCACAGUUGAGUUUAAGGAAAUUUGAAGUGAGCCAGGAUCUGAUUUCAGUUAAGCAGGUGGUGAUGGAGAAGGGAGGGAGGAUGGAAUUUGGUUUGCUAGAGAUAGAGCUGGGUGUCAUCCGCAAAGCAAUGAAAAUGGAUGUUGUAUUUACGGAAGAUAUUGCCAAGAGGGAGAAGUUAGUUGAUAACAAGGAGGGGUGCGGUAACGGGAGGACUGGCAUCUGUGUGACUUGAGCUGGAUGAACUGAGUGCGGCCUGAGAGAUAAGAAUGAAACCAGCUGAGGCGGUCUAUUGAGGAGGAUGGAGUGAGAGAUCGUGUCAAAGGCUGCACUUACAUCGAGGAGGAUGAGAAUGGUAAGUAGGCCGGAAUCUGCUGCCAUGAGGAGGUCAUUGGUGAUCUUGAGGAGUGCGGUUUCAGUACUGUGUUGGGAGCGCAAGCCAGACUGGAACUGUUCAUAGAGGGCAUCAUGGGUUAGAUGAGUGUGGAGCUGAGAGGCGACGUCAGUGCUGAAGAAUUUUUUUUUAAAGCGAGAAGAGAAUUUUGUUGUUUCCUGCGGUGGAAGAGAUGAGUCCAGAAUAAUAAGCACAUUUGGGUUGGGCAAUGGAGUCCUUGUACAGUGAGAUGUGGGUUUUGUAUAGUUGUUUGUGGAUAGUUAGACCGGUUUUCCUGCAGAGGCUCUCGAAGCUGUCGCCCUUUGGCUUUUAGAGUUCGGAGUUCAGUAAACUAGGGGGCAGAUUGGGAUAAAGGAAACAAGGUGAGUUUUCACUGGAGCAAGGUGAUUAAGGAUGUCGUUAGAAGUCGAGCGGCUCAUCAGGAGUAGGUAACGGUUUGGGAUUGAAAUGGUAUCGAUACAGGAGGCGAGAGAAUCCAUAUUGAUGUCUUUGAUGUUCCAAAAUGAAAUGAGACGUGGAGUAUUGGUUAUAGGGAGGUGGAUGGAGACAUUAAAUGAAAGCAAAAAAUGGUCAGAUAUGUGGAUAUCGACAGCUGCGCAGUUGGAAGGGGAGAGACCGGAGCAGCAAAUGAGGACCAGCGUAUGGCCUUUAAUGUGAGUAGUAAAGUUUGAGAAUUGAAGGAAACCAAAACUGUCAAGACAUGAUGAAAAAUGUCUUGCGAGAGGAAGAUUACUGUUGUUCAUGUGUAUGUUGAAGUCACCCAGUAAUAAUAGAUUAGGCAAGAGAGUGGAUAGAUGGGUGAGUAAAACUGUAAGCUAUUUAUUCAAAUGAACUAAAGUCUGGGGCAGAAACGGGCUGAACUUUGAACUUCUUGUGGUGAAUUAUUGCGAAACCUCCUCAGUGACCAAAGCCAUGCAGUUAUUUAGCCAAUGUCAGCCUAGGAACCUAUUCCACUAUAGAAAGGCUGCUAUUAGAACACCUCCAGAAAACUCCCAACAAGGUGUUAUGGUUUUCUAUCCAUGAUGUGAGCAUGUAGUAACAGGUGCAUUCAUAACAUGUAAUACUUGCAGUAUUUUGAGAACUUCCUGCCUCGGUGUAUUGAUGUCACAUAGCAACAUAGAAAGGAACACUACACCCAGUGUCCAAACAAAAACACAGCAGCAGUGGUGGCAGCUCCAAUAUGUAGCUAGUGGCCUGAGGCAUUGUAAGCGAGUGUGUGGUGAAUCUAGUUGCAAGCCGUCUGGUAGCUACUCGGUGUGGUGUGGUGAGGUGGCACUACGCCAGUAACGUAGUUCUUGGGGCGUAACAGUGUUAAUAACAAUAAUAAUAAUAAUAAUAAUAAUAUGGGGUGCCAAAUGUACAUUUUGAUUUUCUUCACAUCUGAGGUAGAAAGUAAAUGUUUUUUUUUUGUACUUUUUAAACGUAAUGGCAAAUCUAUCUCGAAAUGCCAAAUCUAAAUGUUUAGUUUAAGUCUAAAUUUAAGAGACUAUCAACACCGCAGGGACAAUUCUAGUGGUCCUCAAUCAGCAGUACAUCUACACCUUAAAGCAACCAAUCACUCUUUUGAGGACAGCGAGGUAAAGAUUUUGGCCAAAGAAAACAGAUGGUUUGAAAGAGGAGUAAAGGAAGCUAUUUUUGUCAAACAACAGAACCCAUCAUUGAAUCGGAAUGGUGGUUUGAGGUUUAAUUUGGACCCUGUGUUCAGCAGGUUACUGAGACCAAAACCCACAGCUCUUAGUCUUGCAAAUGAAGUGAAGCCAGGGCCGAGCCAGAACAAUAGAUGCUAAUGAGCCAUUAUCAGAGUCGUUCAUACCCAACUACAGGGAGCUACACUUCCCUUUGUUCGGAGGUGCUAAUGGCAGGAUUACUCCGCCCAGUCUUAGUGUAAGGACAAUAGGAGGAGGGUGUUGGCACACCAAUUCCGCCCACUCUUACUGUAUUUAAGGCCUAGGCUACCAGCACUUGUUAGUUCGCUGACAAAGCUCUUCGGAUGAGGAGCGAAACGUUUGACACUUUCUUCACAGAAGUACAGAUGACGUCUCAAGAAGCCUUUCCCUCGAUAAAUUUAAGAGACUUAAAUCUAAAUAUAAAUGUACAAAGAUUUAUUUUAACCAUUGAUAUUUACUUUUCUUCUUCUUCUUUUCCUUUGGGCUUUUCCCUUCAGGGGUCGCCACAGCAAAUCAAUUGCCUCAACCUAACCCUGUCUUCUGCAUCCUCUUCUCUCACACCAACUACCUUCAUGUCCUCUUUCACUACAUCCAUAAACCUCUUCUUUGGUCUUCCUCUAGGCCUCCUGCCUGGCAGUUCCAAACUCAGCAUCCUUCUACCUAUAUAUUCCCUAUCUCUCCUCUGGACAUGUCCAAACCAUCUCAGUCUGGCCUCUCUGACUUUAUCUCCAAAACCUCUAACAUGUGCUGUCCCUCUGAUGUACUCAUUCCUGAUCCUAUCCUUCCUGGUCACUCCCAGAGAGAACCUCAGCAUCUUCAUCUCUGCUACCUCCAGCUCUGUCUCCUGUCUUUUCUUCAUUGACACUGUCUCUAGACGAAACAACAUUGCUGGUCUCACCACAGUUUUGUACAGCUUUCCUUUCAUUUUAGCUGAAACUCUUCUAUCACACAUCACACCUGACACUUUUCUCCACCCGUGCCAUCCUGCCUGUACAUGCUUCGUCACCUCUUUUCCACACUCUCCAUUGCUCUGGACUGUUGACCCUAAGUACUUCAAAUCCUCCACCUUCUUGAUCUCUUUUCCCUGUAAGCUCACUCUUCCACUUGGGUCCCUCUCAUUCACGCACAUGUACUCUGUCUUACUGCGGCUAACCUUCAUUCCUCUCCUUUCCAGGGCAAACCUCCACCUCUCUAGCUUCUCCUCCACCUGUUCCCUGCUCUCACUGCAGAUCACAAUGUCAUCUGCUAACAUCAUAGUCCAUGGAGAUUCCUGUCUAACCUCGUCUGUCAGUCUGUCCAUCACCAUAGCGAACAAGAAGGGGCUCAGAGCUGAUCCCUGAUGCAGUCCCACCUCCACCUUGAACUCCUCUGUCACACCUACAGCACACCUCACCACUGUCUUACAGUCCUCAUACAUGUCCUGCACUGCUCUAACAUACUUCUCUGCCACUCCAGACUUCCUCAUACAAUAGCACAGUUCCUCUCUGGGCACCCUGUCAUAAGCUUUCUCCACAUCUACAAAAACACAAUGCAGCUCCGUCUGGCCUUCUCUGUACUUCUGUAUCAACAUCCUCAAAGCAAAUACUGCCUCUGUAGUACUCUUUUUUUGGCAUGAAACCAUACUGCUGCUCACAAAUGCUCACUUGUGCCCUUAGUCUAGCUUCAACUACUCUUUCCCAGAACUUCAUUGUAUGGCUCAUCAGCUUUAUUCCUCUGUAGUUGCCACAGCUCUACACAUCUCCCUUGUUCUUCAAAAUGGGCACCAGCACACUUCUCCUCCAUUCCUCAGGCAUCUUUUCAUGAUCUAAGAUCCCGUUGAACAACCCAGUCAGAAACUCUACUGCCACCUCUCCUAGACACUUCCAAACCUGUACAGGAACAGAAAAGAAGUGGAUAUGGUUGGAUGAACACCUGAACACAGGAGUACGAGGAGGCUGAAGUAUAACGACAAACACUCCAUGCUGUUGUUGCAACUGAAGCGUCCUGGCGACAUGAAGCUGCGCUUGUCAUGGUUCCCAAAGUGGGGUAUGCAGACUGCCAUAGGAGGUAGGUGAAUAAAAAUUAAAAACGGCUUGACUACCAAACACUGAGAUUUACCUAAUGUGUUUGAACGCCUCAUGUGAACAGCCACAGUGCAGGCUGCAGCUAAGUAGAGUGCAGAAGAAAGGUGGCAGAUGUGAAGUUAUUGAUUGUUGUGUGCGUGUUAGAUGAACAAAUAAGUACGUUUGAUGAUGACAUUGUGCAUUAAAAGUGUUUCAUCUUGAAGAUUUUUACAGAUGAUUGAUAUUGUGUGCUAAAUGAGAGCUGGUCUUCCUACGUGGUGCUGUGACUAAAUAGUUUUUUUCUUAUGUUAUUAUUAUUAUUAUGUUAGAAAGCCCCCAAUUUUGCACAUGUAAGUAAAUUUAUGCUUUCACCAAUAAUGUGUCUUCUUUGGGCGUUGCAGCCACUUUGUUUGGCGGCCCUUCAACACACCAUGUGUGACGCAGAUUGAGACUUAUGUGUAUGAGUUUGUGGGACGCUGCACAGACAGACGUGUAUUUUCCAUUCUUCCUUUCACCUCGUCCUUGUUGACAACGUUAAUUGUAUGAGUAAAUGCACAGACGUGCUUUAAUAAUGUUAGCUCUGUGCUGCACUUUUGCUUGUUGCAUAAUCUCAUGCUAUGUAUAUGUGCUCAUUUUACUCAAUAAUAAGCCUUGUAUUUAAUUAAUUUCCUUAUUGAUUUCUGUACGUUAUGUGCCUUUGUUUUCAUCAUUAUAAUGAUUACGUACCAUGUUGUUGCAGACCAAAGCACAGCGAAAUAGCAUAAAGGUCACAGUUCACCACAUCCUACCACAGCUUGUCACCAUUUAAAUUAGUAGCCUACACUGAAAAAAUUCACUCUGAGAAUAUGUAAUAAUAACAUAAUUAAGCCUCUGAUAAUAACAAUAAAAAAGUUUGUCUCUUGAUAUGGCAUCUAUAUAUCAUGUUUUGAAUUUGUCUACAUUUGUUCAAAACACAAGGCAGUUUGAUUUUUGUCUUUAACAAGCUAAAUGUAUGUGGCUCAACAAAUGUUUUUAUGUAGACACAACACACAAUUGGCUUGUUGUAUUUACCCUGCUCUCUGAAAAAAAUAAAUCGAAGAAUAUGUAAUUGUAACAUAAUUAAGCAUGUGAUAAUAACAAUAAAAAACAGUGCCUCUUGACAUUAUAUUAAGCUUUGGAUUCAUCUACAUUUGUUCAAGACACAAGUCAUUUUUUCCCCUUUUCCCCUUUACAACCUAUAUGCAGGGGCGGAUAUAGCUUUUUUGAAAAGGGGUGGUGUGGCCGAGGCC